UGGUGACGUAAAAGAGGUGCGACAAAUACUUCCGCACUUCUGUGCGUCCCACGUGAACGGUAUUUGUAGAAGUAGCCAUGGCAUCUCUCGGUGCCUGUGGAGAAUGGCUUGUUUCAACCUAUGAAAAAAAGCUCAUUGCUAUACACACUAAAAAGAACAGAGAACCAUUUGUGUUUGACUGCAGCGCAGCAGAACAGAAGCCAAAGGACCCAGAGGCCGACAACAAAAGUGAUGGAUCAGAAGAGACAGGAAGUGACAAGAUCCUGGCGUUCGCCGUUUCCUCCUCUGCGAAGCUGGUCGCGCUGACAGAUGACACCAAACGCCUGGUUCUGUUCCGCUGUGAACCCUCAUGGCAGGUCAUCAGUACAAGGUGGGUUGUGCGGAGGUGCACGUCUCUUGUGUUCAACGAAGCUGAGGAUGAGGUGUGGGCAGCAGACAAGUCAGGUGACGUCUACUCCUUCUCUGUGGUGGAGCCCCAGAAGACGGGAGAGUUGAAGCUGGGACAUCUAUCCAUGCUUCUAUCAAUGACCCUGACCCCCAACGACAAGUAUGUCGUCACAGCUGACCGCGAUGAGAAGAUCAGGGUCAGCCACUUGAGGUCACCACACAACAUCCAGGCAUUCUGCCUGGGACACUUGGAAUUUGUCAGUUCUCUUUUGGCCCCACCAGGACACCCACAGUGGCUCCUCUCUGGAUCAGGGGAUGGGACCAUGAAGCUGUGGGAGUAUGAGUCAGGUCGGAGGCUCCAGAGCUGGGACCUGAAGCAGCUGAGGGACAUGCCGAACUCAGACACAGAAAAGGAAAAGAGGUCUGCAGUCAGCAGGAUCGCUGGUUCCCCUGGUGGACAUCAUGUGGCGGUGCAGUGUGAGAGAGUUCCCUCGGUGCAGUUGUUUGGGAUGGAGCAAGGGACAGAGGAGCGACUGAUGCCCUCCAGCAGGUUGACCCUACCUCACUGUCCUCUGGAUUUGACCUUUGACCCCCAGGGUCGGCUCUGGGUCCUGCUGGAUAGCCGAGAGACGCCGUUCCACGUGUACACACACACGCAAGACAGCUGGCAGUGCGACAGUGAAAGCCCAGAGAUUAAAAGAGUGACGGAGGCCCUUCAGCCGCAUUGGGAGGCACUUCAGGUCUCAGCGGGGUUAGAGAGCCGGUUCCAACACCUGUACAAGGGCAACUUUGACAACAUGGCGUCCUACAGAGAGAAGAAACAGCAGAGGCUCCAACAGCAGAAUGAACAAGGAGGCAAAAAGAGAGGACCGGGGAAGGGACAGCAGUCCAACGGAGCCAGUAAAAAAGCCAAGAAAGGCAACCAGCCUGGGCCAGUGACCAAAGCCUCGAGCUGAAACGGAUAGGACAGACAGAUUCUAUAUUUUGGUUUAAAAAGGCUUCUUUCAGAGUUCUAUCUUUGUUUGGAGACGGAUAGACUUAACCGUUUUGAGUUGUGUAAAUUUAUGAUUUGUGAUUUACCGAGAAUUAGCCAUUUCUUCUUCUUUAUUUUUAAAUAAAAAAAUGAUGACUGACCGUU